AUAUUCAUGAAUGCAAACCCAUUGACUGUACUGGAAAAAAUACGGAAUGUCAAGCGAAAGGCAAUGAGUAUACUUGUAAGUGCAAAGCAGGUUUCAAACCUAAAGAUGAAGCUAAAAAAGGACAAAAGAAUGCGGAAUGCGUUGAUAUUCAUGAAUGUAGACCCACUGACUGUACUGGAGAAAAUACGGAAUGUGAAGCGAAUGGCAAUGAGUAUACUUGUAAGUGCAAAGCAGGUUUCAAACCUAAAGAUGAAGCUAAAAAAGGACAAAAGAAUGCGGAAUGCGUUAACUUAGAUACAUCAUCAGUUGCAACAUCUACAUCAACGAAACCUACAACUCCUAUUGAUCGGUGUUCUCCAAAUCCAUGCAAGUAUGGCGGAACUUGUAAAAUGAUUGGUGCUGAUUAUGAAUGUAGUUGCUUCGAUAACGUCCAUGGAAAACACUGUGAAAACUGUACAAAAAUAUGCAGGGAAGAAAAAUGUGCAUUCAAGGACUUUUUUUACUGUGAAUGUGAAAAUGGAAAAUAUUUUCAAGAAUCAUCUGAAACAUGCAUCGAAAUAGAUAAAUGUGUGCAAGCUCUGUGGGAAGGCAAAUGUAGAGGAAGAUACGAGUUGUGCAAAAAUGGUGCAUGUGAUUGUGAAAAGGACUAUUCUUAUAGCAAGGAGAAGGUGUGUCAAGAAAAAUGUAACUGUAAUAAGGAUUCUCAAAAGUGCAUAUACUCAGACUAUGGAGAAGCUUCUUGUGUUUGUAAAGAAAAGUACUAUUUUACAGGAACUGAAUGCGUCAAAGAGGACGCUUGUGCAUUGAGAGAUAAAAAAUGUGAACAAAAAUGUGAUGAUGGUAAAUGCUCGUGCGACGGCCAUUAUGCUUUGGAUGAUGAUUAUAGAUGUGUUUUGAAAGAAAAUUCAAAUCUGUGCAAAGACAAUAGCAAAUGUUCCCCUGGGAAAUGUCUGAAAGAAGGAGAUGCAGAGACUUGUAUUUGUCCAGAAAAAACCCACCAUUCCUUUAAUGAAAAUUGCACUGAUUUGUGCUCUGCAAACAUGUUACCUCGUGAUACCUGUCCAAAUGAUGAAUGCAUACCACAUGAAAACUAUGGAUUCAUUUGUAAUUGUACAGGAAGGUUUAAAUUAUCCACCGAUGGAAUCCACUGUGAACUCAAGAAAAUGUGUUCAGAAGGAGGCAAAAACAAUGAAUGCGGCAAGCUCAAUGCUCAUUGUGUUGAAAAACCGGAUGUAACUGAUGGUUAUGUAUGUAACUGUGAAAACGGGUUCGAUAAAGAUAGAAACGGAAUCUGCAUUCACAAAUGUCAUCUUAAGGAAAAUGAAGAGAAAUGCCUCAAAAUAUCAGCCAAGUGCAUAUUAGAUGAAAACCAUGAGCCCGAUUGCAAAUGUCCUCCGCUGUUUGUGUUUGAGAACGAUGCAAAUCAGAAAAAAUGUGUCAAAGCACAAUUUUCCUUCACUGGCAAUUUUACCGUCCCAGGAAAAACAUAUGAAAACAAUAAGCGAAGAUACGCCAGAAGAACAAAAAGAUCUACUGCUCAAGUGGAUUAUGUUGCAUUGUAUAAAGAUUUCAAAUAUUCUCUGAAAUAUGUUUAUGGUAAAGAGUCUGACUUUUUCAUAUUGGGCUGCGAAACUCAACAAGAAGAUUUCAAAUGUGAGCUUGAAAUGAAAUUUAAAGAAAAACCAGAUGAAAAAAAAUUAGAUUCAAUUGCUGAUCCCUCUCUCUGUAUUCCAUUGGGAAACACAGACUAUUGCACAAUAAACUCAAAUCUAAUCAUGAAAAGGGCAUCUAAAGGAGUGCUAAAAUUAACAGAUCCUUGUGAAGAAAGUGUUAAAAACGAAAUAUGUGGGACAACAACAAAUUGCAUAAGAAAAGGAGAAAACAAUGAAUUGUUUUAUUGUAUUUGCAAAGACGGUUAUUCUACUAUUCGUGUUUAUCCAAUAUUUGAAGGAAGACAGAACACACGCCCUCAUUGUGAAGACAUUAAUGAAUGCUUGAAAGCAACGUCUUGCCCAAAGAAUUCGCAUUGUUUCAACACACCUGGAAGUUAUAGUUGCUUUUGUAACGAUGGUUUCAGGGAUAAGUCAGAUAAUGUAAAGAAAGAUGGCUGCAUUGGUGUGUGUGAACAUAAACUGUGUGGAGAGCAUGGCAGAUGUCAAUCAGUUGGAAACAAUGGAUAUUUUUGCAACUGCACAGAUCAUUAUCUUGGCCAAUUCUGUAAUGUUACAAAUCCUGCACUGAAAG